AUGGUCGAAUUCUCAUCAUCACAAUCCAUAGAGCCGAAAAAGUAUAACGUACCAAAACCCAGUCCAGCAUAUUAUCCUAGUAAAGGGUCCAAAGUGUAUGCAAAUAAAGACCUUUACAAAUCAAUUCAUGAAUCAUCAAAAACAUUAGUAUCAAAACAUAGAUGUGAAAAAAGAAAUGGAUUAGCAGUAAAAAUACCAGCAAAGUCAAUAAUUAGAUUAACUACCCCUGAAGGUCCACAAGUUUGUGAUUUAAAUAUAUGGAAUCAACAUGAUAAAAGAGAAAGAUUAUGGAUAUCAAGAACUGCUCAAUUGCAUAGUUAUCAUGUUUCUACUUAUGAUAGAUUAUGGCUGAAUUUACCGUUUUUGAGACCUUUGGUUACUAUUACUGGAGAUUCUUUAGGUCCAAGAAGAGAUGAAUGGGGUGGAAGAAUUCAUGAUUGUCUUGGAACUAGGUGUGAUCCAUACGUUGAUAGACUUUUAAGUGGUGAACAUAAUGAUGAUCAUUGUCAUUCAAAUUUAUAUAGAGCAAUUAAACCAUUUGGAUUAGAUGAAUUUGAUGUUCAUGAUGUUUUAAAUGUUUUUCAAGUUACUGGAUUACUGGAAGAAUCAGAUCAAUAUUUUAUGGAAACUUGUCCUUCUACAUCCCAGGAUUAUUUUGAAAUGUUUGCAGAAAUUGAUUUAUUAAUUGGUAUUAGUGCAUGUCCUGGUGGAGAUUUAUCAAUGUGGGAAUUUGGAGAAACUGAUGAUACAAAACUGAAAAUGGAAGAUUGUUGUAGACCAUUAGAGAUUGAAAUUUAUAAAAUUGAUGAUGAAACAGAGGUUUUGAAAGAUUGGGAAGCUCCUAAAUGUGUUGAUUAUAAAGGUAAUCAUGGACUUAAAGAUUAA